UAUUCCUUCCAAAUUAAAGUCUCUCAAUAAUAUGUUUAACUUAACCCUGCUAACUUUGUUUAAUUUUGGGGUAACCAUCAGUUAUCCAGAACAAUAUAUGUAUACAUAAAUAUGUGCAUAUUUAUGUAAGUGCAUAAAUCAGUUGGUGCACGCCGACUUGCCCCAGUCUAAUGCCCAAUUCUAACAUUUAUGCAUAGUUUCAUGUGUAUAUGUAUUUAUUUAUCCCUAACAAUAACUAUUUUUUGUACUUAUACCAGUUUGUAUAUAUGUAAACAUUUGCAUAUUUUGUACUAAUCAUAUCAUGUUAAAUGUCUGUUCAUCGCCUACAAAUCGCCUCUUAAAAAAUAUGUUAAAUAUGCAUUCAAUUAACAAACACAAAAUGCAACCAACCAACCGAAGGGAACAUCUGAGCUUGGUCUUACUGGAAAAAGUCCAAACAGAGAAUCCCAGUUGGAAGGAUGCUGGCACCGCUUUCAUAGCAUCGGUAACGCGUUUAUUGGAGCGUUUAUUGGAUUAUCGUAGCGUAAUGCAGGGUGAGGAGAAUCGUGACAAGCGAAUGUCUUGCACAGUGAACUUAUUGAAUUUCUAUAAAAAUGAAAUCAAUCGCAAAGAGAUGUACUUGAGAUACAUCUAUAAACUACACGACUUACAUCUACAAGCGGAAAAUUACACUGAGGCUGGUUACACGCUAAAACUCUAUGCUAAUAUGCUGAAUUGGGAUCGUGAGUCACUCUGUUUCGCACCGAACGAUAAUACUGGCCAGCCAGAGUGGCAGCGCAAAGAGCGACUCUAUCAUGAGAUCUUGAAAUAUUUCGACAAGGGAAAAUGUUGGGAAAAGGGCAUUCCAUUAUGCAAAGAAUUAGCUUUGCUCUAUGAAACACGCCGUUUCGAUUACAAUAAACUCAGUGAGAUACUUAUACUCGAGGCAAAAUUUUUCCAAAAUAUUCUAACGCAACUGCGCCCAGAACCGGAGUAUUUUCGUGUUGGUUUCUAUGGACUGGGUUUUCCGCUUUUUGUGAGGAACAAACAAUUCGUCUAUCGCGGCUUAGAGUAUGAACGUAUAGGUGCUUUCACCCAACGCUUACAAACCGAAUUUCCCGCGGCACAGAUUUUAACCAACAAUAGUCCACCAGAUAACUCGAUUCUCACUGCAGCAGAACAAUACAUACAAAUUAGUAAUGUACGACCAGUUGGCGAUGCGCAGGCCUUAAAGACGGCAAUGGUGCCAGUACCGGAGAAAAUUGCUAGAUUCUAUGAGGUCAACGAUGUGACACGCUUCAUCUACGAUCGCCCCAUCUAUAAAGGUCCUAUCGAUAAGGACAACGAAUUUAAAUCGCUGUGGAUCGAACGCACCAAAUUGGAAAUAUCCAAUCAACUGCCCGGUAUUUUGCGCUGGUUCGAAGUAAAACAUAAGUCAGUACAUGAAAUUACCCCAGUAGAGUUUGCAUGCGAGACAAUGAAUAAUGUCGGCAAAGAAUUAUGGGAUCUCAUUGUACAGUAUCGUACUGAACCAAAACGUAAUAUAAAUCCCUUUUCGAUGCGCUUACAAGGCAUAAUCGAUGCAAAUGUCAUGGGUGGUAUAAGCAAAUAUCAAGAGGCAUUUUUCUCGGAACAAUUCCUGAAGUCGCCACAAGGUCAUGGCCAACAAACAAAUGUGCAAAAAUUAAAGGCUCUCAUAUUAGAGCAAAUACAAGUACUCGAGCAGGCUUUGGAACUACACGGCACAUUGGCGCCACCCAACGUACAGCCACUACAUAAUCGUUUACUUGAACGCUUCUCGCAGUUAAAACAAAGUUUAUCAGGUCUGGGCCGGCUGAAGCGCCAACAUUCGGAGAGCAUAGUUAAUACACCCUUGCCACCACUGCCAACCGAAAAACGCACAAUGAGCCUGGGGAAUCCCAGCUUAAAUACUGGCUCGUCAAAUUAUUAUGGAGUCUAUGAGCAAGAUGAUAUAUACACGCGCCCGGGCGACACGUUACGGCCAGUCGAAUCUGGCCAUUCAUUGCUGAUACAUAACUCAUACCAAACGCUAAGCAAUGAGAGCAUGAGUAUACCGGAAAUCACGCGUGAUAAAGUACCACCUGUACCGAAUCGUCCGCGUUCGCAGAAUUUCAUGCCUGCCAUGGAUGGCCCAGAAGUGCCACCUAAGCGUAAUGCCAAUCAAGUGGGUUCACCCAGCGCACCUCCACUACCGCCGCGUGGCAUAACGCCCGACAAGCGCGCUUCAAAUCCUAGUGCCAUAAAUGAUUUCAGCAGUAGUCAGUAUCCCUCAGCUGGCUCAAUGCCACGGCGCCCUUUGUCUGCCCAUCACCAGCAACAACAACAGCAUGAGCAUGGUCAGAAGUAUUCAGUGGUAGAUAUCAGCUUCGACGACCCUGAAGCGGAUCAAGCUCCCCACUCUCUAACAAGUGUAGGUGAGACGGCGCAGCUUAAUGUGAUCGGGUAUGGACCAAAUGAUUUUCGAGAUUCAGGCAUCUCAACAACAAGUUCGCACGAUCUUAAUAAUUUGAAUAAUCUCAGUGAAGAGUCUUCAUCCAAUUCAGUGAGCACGGUGCAUCAUCGCGACCACUGCCGCUUGAUAUCGAAUGGAAGCAUGGACAGCGCCUACACCAUCAACACUACGCUCAAUAUAAAUCAUCGUGAAAACUCGGCCAGCUCAUUCGAUAUGGACGAUCUGCCAAUGCCGCCGCCACCUCCCAUACCUCCCAAGUCAUUGAAUAUUAUCGCAACCGCGGACUCUUCUUCACUUGAAGAGCAGCAUUCAACAAAUCCAAACACAAUUCAAAAUCAAAAUCAUACUGCAUCAAAUCAUUCUCAUGCACUGAAUCACCCAAAUCAUUUAUCACAACAUUCAACUCACAAUCACAGUCAAAGUCACCAACAGAACGGUAUUGGUGCUAGUGAUAACUAUAUAACACCUAAGAAGAGUGACGCCGCCAGUGGCGACAACGCUAGCGCCAGUGAAUCUCACAAUGAUGGCGGCACUUUUUGAGUUGCAAUAUGUCGCUGCC